GCGCGACCGCUACAUCUUCAAUUUAGGGCAAAAAACAAACCGUUUUUUCGUUUUUCAGCGUAACUUCUGCCUUUACGCCACUGCGACUGGACACAUUUUGGUCUCUUAUGGUCGAUAAAUCAGCCGCGACAACGCCUGCGGUGUGUUAGGAUAGAUACAUGUAGUUUUUUCGUUUGUUUAUCAGGUGUGACAGACGAAGCCGAGUCUUUGAGAAGACCGCCGGCUACGACUUCUUUGAUUCAUCUACGAAAACAACAACUUCAAACUGGCUGAGAUGGAUGAACAAAGUGUUGAGAGCAUCGCUGAGGUGUUUCGCUGUUUCAUCUGCAUGGAGAAACUGAGGGAUGCUCGUCUCUGCCCACACUGCUCCAAACUCUGCUGCUUCAGCUGCAUAAGACGGUGGUUGACGGAGCAGAGAGCCCAGUGUCCACAUUGUCGGGCUCCACUCCAGCUGAGGGAACUGGUCAACUGUCGCUGGGCGGAGGAGGUCACACAACAGCUGGACACUCUGCAGCUCUGCAGCCUCACCAAACACGAGGACAAUGACAAGGACAAAUGUGAGAACCACCACGAGAAGCUGAGUGUUUUCUGUUGGACCUGCAAGAAAUGUAUCUGUCACCAGUGUGCUCUGUGGGGAGGCAUGCACGGCGGCCACACCUUCAAACCUCUGGUUGAGAUUUACGAGCAACACGUGACCAAGGUGAAGGAGGAAGUCGCCAAGCUCCGCCGGCGCCUCAUGGAGCUCAUCAGUCUGGUGCAGGAAGUGGAGAGGAACGUGGAGGCUGUCAGGGGAGCGAAGGAUGAGAGGGUCAGAGAGAUCCGAAACGCUGUGGAAAUGAUGAUCGCUCGUCUGGACAACCAGCUCAAGAACAAACUCAUCACCCUCAUGGGCCAGAAGACGUCCUUGACCCAGGAGACAGAGCUGCUGGAGUCUCUCCUGCAGGAGGUGGAGCAUCAGCUUCACUCCUGCAGUAAAAGUGAACUGAUCUCCAAGAGCCCAGAGAUCCUGCUCAUGUUCCAGCAGGUCCAUCGGAAACCCAUGCAGUCCUUUGUCACCACGCCGGUCCCUCCAGACUUCACCAGUGAGCUGGUUCCUGCCUACGACUCCAGCACUUUUGUUCUCGUCAACUUCAGCACCCUGAGGCAGCGGGCAGACCCGGUCUACAGCCCUCCUCUACAGAUAUCAGGACUCUGCUGGAGACUCAAAGUUUACCCAGAUGGUAACGGUGUGGUCCGUGGAAACUACCUGUCUGUGUUCCUUGAGCUGUCUGCUGGACUCCCUGAAACAUCUAAGUAUGAGUACCGUGUUGAGUUGGUCCAUCAGGCCUCCAGCGACCCAACCAAGAACAUAAUUCGCGAGUUUGCCUCUGACUUUGAGGUCGGUGAAUGCUGGGGCUACAACCGCUUCUUCAGACUGGACCUUCUGGCAAGCGAGGGCUACCUGAACAUGCAGACAGACACACUGGUCCUCCGCUACCAGGUUCGCUCACCCACCUUCUUCCAGAAGUGCAGAGAUCAGUACUGGUACAUCAGCCAGCUGGAGUCGGCUCAGAGCGGCUACAUCCAGCAGAUCAACAACCUCAAAGAGAGGUUGGCCAUCGAGCUGUUUCGCCGUCAGACGUCACGCAGCUCCUCACCCCCUGACCUGAGGCUCACUGCAGGCACCACAGCCUCCGAGAGAGACCCCCGCUCUGUGAAGAGUGACGACGACAUCCAGACCACUCUGACCAACACUAAAAAAGGGGAAGAAGAAGAGAGGACGCAGCACGAUGACUCUAAUGAGCUGUCGGACGGUGACUUGGAAGUGGACUGUCUGACAGAGGAGGAGGUGAACCCGCUGGAUGGCAGCAGCACCUCAGGGAGCUCCACGGCCACCAGCAACACCGAGGAGAACGACAUAGAUGAGGAGACCAUGUCAGGAGAGAAUGAUGUAGACUUCAUUGGGAACCUGGAGACUGAAGAGGGAGAGCUUCCUGAUGACUUGGCCGGAGCCACAGGUGGAUCCAGCUCCAGUUUGCGUUCCUUACAUCGCAGUGCUGCUGCCAGUCGCAGUGGCAGUAGUAGUGGAGCUGCUGCUGCCGGUGCCGUUGGUCCGGGCAGCAGCAGCCUCCUGGAGAUCGACCCGGUCAUCCUGAUUCAGCUGCUGGAUUUAAAGGAGCGUAGCAGCGUGGAGUCUCUGUGGGGCCUCCAGCCUCGGCCUCCUGUGUCUCUGCUGCACAGCCAGGCUCAUCAUCACUCCAGGAAAGACAGAGAGCGGCGGCCUCAGGUUGUGCGUCGCUCAGCUCCAGACUCUGGGGUCCUGAUCCGCCUCAAGGCUCAGAUGGCGGAGGUCCGCAGCAAGAUGUCUGAUGUCAAGAGUCAAGUGCUGGAGGCUCGGGGGACUGGAGAGCCUAGGCCUGGCCCCUCAGGGGGCUUCAGUCUGGAGGAGGUGCCCUCCCACCAUGCUGACUCAGAGUUGGCGGCUUGUCGUAAGCCUGGUGAGCUCGACGUGCUGGGAAGAGCGGCUGCGGCUCGGUCCAGGCCCUGCCGCCCUGCCAGGAAAUCUCUGUCUCCUGUCCUGGACAGCAGCAGCUCUCUCGUGGUGAAGAGGAGGAGUCCAGAGGAGAUGGAGAAGGACCUGAGAGGAGCAGACGUGACCACAGAGCUCAGUCUGCAUCUUAAAGAGGUGCUGGGAGGUGCAGAGGGAGCGCUGAAGGCUGACAGCUCUCAGGGUCCCCUUGUGUCUCUCGGCAGCUCCUCGUCAGAGCAGGCCUCCACCUCCAAGCAGUAUUCGUCGGAGCAGCAGCUGUACGGAGCCUCUGGGUCCAGGGACGACAUUUUUUCUUUGGGAGGACCAAGUUACAUGACCUCCAGCAAGAACUGCGGCAGUAGGACCCUAGGGGCAGCCAUGUUGGAGUGUGAAUCUGAAAGCUCAGGAAACUCCCAUCAUUCCCUGCUGGAGGGACCCUCUGCACAGCCACAGCCAAAUGAAGUCCUGUCUGUAGAUCAGUCACCUUCCAUCCUGGUGGCAGCAACAAGCAGUGACAGCGACACUGAGGACGAAGCUCUGCAGAGCAACAACUCUCGCUAUGACAACCAGACUCCUCCCUGCACAGGAGAGCAGCUUCUGUCUGAUGACAUGAGUCUGCCUGCUGACAGGUGAUUCCCUCUGAAACCCACCGCUUUACCUACAAUCAGCCGCACAGCGAUGCAAUAACGUCCCGGAGGCGACGCUCAUCGCUCGUCAAACACAUCUGUAGAGUAGAAACUGCUCGUUAUGCAUGAAGUCGAAAUGAAGACAAACUCACCUGCUUGUCCAGAAACAGAUUUCUCUUGGUAUCUUGAGUAUUUUCAGAAUUGGACCUUAACAGAAAUAAUGGAAAUGACAUCCAGUAAUUCAGGUGGUUGUGGUGGUGGACGGCCAAAUCAUGUCACAAUAUUGUGUGAACGCAAUGAAACUGCCCCUUUAAAACAACUUAAAGAACUAAAAUUGGACCUUUACUGUAUUUUUCGACCACUUGUUUCCCCGAUGCGUUUCUUGGUCGUCACUAUAAAGGGAUGAACAUACUUUCAGUUCAUUCAUGGUCAGUUCAGUAGAUAUUUAAGAGUAAAACACGACUACCACAGCCGCUUGUGCAAUGACUGAAUCUAAUGUUUAAGGCAUAAAAACUGUUGGUGUACUUUUAUUUUGCAAACCUGAACCAUUACGUUUUACCUGCUGCAGGGCAUUUAGUCACUUUAAUCAGCACAAAUCUGCACACCUUCUCUGUAUAUAAAUGCUUCUACAAAUCUACAGUCUACGGCAUAUUUCUGAGGAGAAACUGUACAUAAUCUGCAGCCUGUCAUAAGAGCUUAGUGUUUUAUAAUGGCUUGCUGUUGAUGUUUAGUUCAGUCUGUCUGGGCUUUAUUCUCCACACCUACUCGACUUCCUUCACCCGUGUCCCUGCACCUUCCAGCAUCGGUGCCAAAAAGACUUUAUUCACUCCUCAAACAUUCACUUUUAGUGACACUGCAGCAUUUUUUUCUCCAAGGUGAACCUCAUUUAGAGCUCGUUUCUGGUAAUUUAUGUAAAUGUCUCUUAAUAACAGCAGCAGCAGCGAGCACCGUGUCUGUCUUUAUGUGACAUUUGCAAAGGUUGAAUGAUCACUGAAUCACACGGCUUAUGAAACUGCUGCUGCUCCAAUGAUGUCUGUGGGCUGAAACUUUGAAGCAUGCUGCAGAUCUGACUCUGUCACAAUGACGUCGUCUGCUCGGACAUCACUGACUGAGGUGCAACAUGCUCCAUGGCUUCCACCCACAGUGAGCUGCUCACUACAGUUUAUACACAACUCAAAACUCAGCCAUUAUUUAUUAUUUAUUAUUCAUUUAAAGGAGCAAUUUGAGAUUUUGGGGAAACAUUUGCUUUCUGUCAAAGAGUUUGAUGAGAAGAGAGCUGGUUAGCUUAGUUUAGCAUCAAGACUGCUGUCCAACAGGACUACCUUUUUUCAGGUGGACUCUUGAGAUAAGUUACGCCUCAGUCUUUGAUGCCACAACAGCCGUCAAACUCAGCCCUGGACUCUUACUUUGGACAGAUGUUAAAUUUAAUACCGUGAUACUGCCCAAGCCUAGUUGGCAUGAGAAGUUUGGAAUUUUAGUUAUUCAACAACACAACUUAAAUCCAACAAAAUUAUAUUUUAUGUCAAAUUUAUGCUGGCAUUAGAUGUUGUCCUGACAUUAAAUUUUGGUCACAGCAUUCACAGCAGAUGUUUUGACUUGUCGUGGAAGGAAAAGCACAGGUGUUACUAAUAACAUUAACAAUGGCUUUGUUCUAUUAAAGUGUCCCAGUAAAGUGAGACAGUGAGCCAACAUGCACGACACCAGGACCCCGAGCUUUUCCGAGUCAAAAUGUCAGCUGUGAGAAAGGGUUGAUACCUGGUUUGUUUUUAGUGCUGAAAUGGAGCAAAGCCAUUUUUCUUAAAGGGAUAGUUCACCCAAAGUAAUUCUCUGUUGUGGUAUCCAUUCAUGCAGAUAGUUUUUGUUUUAUUUGUCCAAGUUUUGAGAUUUCUGCCUCCACACUAAAACAAAAGAGGUGAAUGUAGGGCUCAAGUGAUGAUUGUUUCCAUUAGUGAUUAACGCAUUGAUUAUUUUCAUCAAUCACUGCAAAGACUGAAAAAGUCCCCACAUAAUUUGAGGCAGAUAUUUUAAGAUGUUUUGUUUGACCAACCAACUGUCCCAAACUCAUAGAUAUACCGUUAACUGUCAUAGAAAAGUACAAAUAUAUUCACAUUUCAAAAAUUGGAUUUUGAGCCGCAUUUUUUGCUUUGACAAAAUUAUCACAAUUGUGAAAAUACCAUUUACUCCUGCUGCAUUCAGAUGGGGUUAUGUUUACACGAGAGGAGUCCAUAUGACGCUGUGGUAUUCACAAACUCGUGAGUGUAAAUUUUCGGAGAGAUCUGAGUUCAUGACCUUAUUUACACGACUUCCCAUGACAUGAACACGAGUUUGAACGCAGCAUCUCUUUUCUCAGUUUCCACUUUCAAAACUGUUGCCAGUGUAUCCUGUGAACUUCCUGAUACAGAAUAACAGCAACAUCUUGUGUGGAAAUAAAUGUUUUUGAUACAUUUUUCAAAUGUCAUUUUUACAUACAUGGAGCAAAACAAAUGAUAUCUAAUUAAACUUUAUUUGUUGGUGAGGAGGCAGAAAUUUCAGAAAAAGACAUCUCCAAACUUUGAGAAAUAAAAGAAAAAAAAACAUCUGCAGAGUUAUAUACCGCUAGACAUCUGACUGAAAAUGUUUUUUUUUUGUAAUUUGGGUGAACAGACUCAAACUGUGGUGCAUUGAAGGCUCUUUUUUAAUUCUCAGAGAACUUGACAGGAAAGGUUUAAAAAUCUGUGUAAUUAUGUAACGUGCUUUGUGCUGCACUGAUGGCUGACUGCUUCACUGGCUUUUCUUCAUGGAUAUAUUAUUUUUCACCUCAGUGCUCCUACAAACUAAGCAAACACGUCAAAGGCUGCUGCAAAUCUGGGAGGAACACAGCGCUGAAGUGCUGUUAUACAGA